AUGACUGUCCCUCUACCUACUCCGUCGAACCCCAAGGCCGAUGCCGCCGCGGUGCGGAAACGAAGAAGACGUGCUCCUGCUGGUGGUGCCGCCGAUGACUGCUUCACCUGUACCAAGAGGAGCGUCAAGUGCGACCGGAGGAGGCCGUACUGCUCGCAGUGCUUGGAAGUGGGCAACGAGUGCUCCGGUUACAAGACUCAAUUGACCUGGGGAGUGGGCGUGGCGAGCCGGGGGAAGCUUCGCGGGCUCUCGCUGCCAGUGGCCAAGUCGCCUCCUGUCAACCCAGUCAAGAAGGGUUCACCCUCGCGGGCUCGCGCAAAUUCGACUUUGAUGAACGGGCAAGAACACGGCCUCGCCGCAAAUGCUGGCCACUGGAACGAGCCAGAGGAGCUGUCACCACGAAGUACCCGAAGCGAUCUUGUCGAUGGCCCGGUGGACCCCCGUUAUCCGGCUUCCAUGCCUGCAACACCAUUUCACAGCUACGAUUUCUCCAAGAUCUGUCACGCCGAGCCAACGCCGCCUUUACCAGCAGGUCCUGCCCAUUGGCACAACAUGCCAUUCUCGGCAAGCCUGCCUAGAGACGGACCCCGAUUUCCCAAGUUGGGUCCCAUUUUGACACAUGGUCCUCCUGAACCGCUCUCUGCCUCGAUUGAUUCCUUGAGCGAGGCCGACUACUUGUCGCCCCUCAGUCACACUUUUUCCAGGGACGAUCUGCCUUUCGUCACCAGCCCGCCGCACAUGUACGCCGAGAGCUACAACAGCGCCAACUCGCCUAUCCCCCAGAGCCCAAUAUCGUCUGUGAUGAUGGAUCACCAGCAUCAUCGGGCGCCUACAUCAUGUCCUAGCCUUGUGUAUGCUCCAUCCGAGCCAAGUUCAAGCCUCCACUCGCACAUGGAUGGUUUUGAGGCUCAUAUAAGCAAUCGUCUGAUGGAGUACGAACCACUUGCAACCCCUGGGUUGGAUGCGUACAGCACCAGCGCUCAAUCGGAUAGGCAUUUCUGGGGGAAGUCGUCAGAGGAGGAUGGUGCGUCCUCUCAGGUUGUCCAGGAUCCUUCACUCCCCUGGCCGUCAGUGCUCGAUCAGCCAAUUCUCCCAGUGAGCCCUGAUCUUAUCGCCAAAAUGCCAUUUUUUAUGGACUAUUAUGAAAACACCAUGUGCCCGGGCAUGGUGUUCAUUGAUGGACCUUCGAACCCCUUCCGGGAACACAUUCUUUCGCUUGCCACUUCCAGUCGAAGCCUACAGCACGCCAUCUGUGCGCUUGCCGCUUGCAAUCUACGGAUGAAGAGGAAGCUGAGCCUUGCUCAUGGACAGGAUGGGAAGCGUCAGAGCUUACCCGGUCCUGUUCCGGAUCUUCGAACCCGAUGA